AUGCCUACUUUUUCAAACCCAUUGUCCCUUAUUCCUCCAUUGAUGAACCUCCUUUCAAAAGGCUACUUUCAACUGCUCCCUCUCUGUUUUUCCUCCCUCCCUUCCCGUUUUGACCCAAAAGGCUGCCCAUUGAAGCUUCAUUUUACCGGUUGGCGUCUCGACCACUACGAUUUGCAGACUUGGGUCGAACGCUUGGCCCCCAUUCACCAAUGGACAUGGAAGAAAGCUGGUAUUUAUGAAGCCAUCUUCAGUUCCACGUACGAAAUCAAAAGGAAAAAGGAUUUGGUUUGUGGGUUUGCAGAGAAAUGGUGUUGUGAGACCAACACAUUCAUCUUUCCUUGGGGUGAAGCAACCAUCACAUUGGAGGAUGUUAUGGUUUUGGGAGGCUUUUCGGUUCUGGGUGACUCUGUUUUCUGCCCUCUUAAAAGCACAGAGCUGAAGGAAGUAGAAGAGAAACUUGAGCAGAAGCGACUGGGACUCUACACUUGCACGACUGUUCUCACAAGAUUAUGGAUGGAGAAAUUCAUGAAUAGUGGGAGUGAACUCGAGCACGAAGCAUUUCUUGUCUUUUGGUUGGCCAGGUAUGUUUUCAACCAUCAUAAUAUGGUAAAAGAGGCUGUGAUUUCUAUUGCAAUUCGUUUAGCUAGGGGGAUUCGAAUUGCGCUUGCACCGGCUGUUCUAGCCAGCAUUUACAAAGAAUUGAGUAUCUUAAAAACGACUCUUGUAUCAGAUGAAUUCAGAGCCUGUGAUGAUGUCUUAAAACUCACCAUUCACUCACCAUUUCAAUUAGUUCAGGUUUGGGCAUGGGAAAGGUUUUUGGAACUUAGGCCAAAACCCAAUGUUAUUAGCUAUGGUGAGCCAAGGAUGGCUCGAUGGGAUAAAGUAGAUGGUCUGAAUGUUCAAAAUUGGAGGAGGGUUUUAGACUCCACCGGGGAAGAUUUCAUGUGGCGCCCUUAUGCCAUGGCCAUUGAGAACUGGAGUCCUAAAUACUAUUUGGAAAAGGAAAUGAGGGUUUGUCCUGGUUUGGAUGAUGAACUCCUGUCAUUUGCCAUAUGCUUGAGGGUGACUGAGUUAGAUGGGUUCGGUACUAUUACACAAUACCUUCCUCAUAGGGUAGCUAGGCAAUUUGGAUUUGAUCAAGACAUUCCAUGUUCCGUUGAUAGAUCCGACAAGGAUUCCAAUAUGCUUUGUGGAAAAGAAGAUCCUCAUAGAGCCUGGAAACAUCACAUUAGGGAAAUUAAGAAUGUAAAAUUGUAUGUUCCAUCUAGACUUUCUGAGGCAGAUGUGAGCACAAGAUACCUGAAAUGGUGGGAGGAAACAGUGUCCUGUAUCAAGCACAUGAGAGAGCCUAGCAUGCCAGAAAAAAAGAAAGAAAACAGUACUCAAGGAUCACUACCAAAGGAUAAACAUGUCCCCAUGCAUCCUGGGUUUCUGCCAAAGAAAGUUGUUGAAGGUUCAACAGAAAGGAACAUGAUUACUGAUUUCACCAUUCCUUCAGUUUCUUACCUAAAAAGUUUGGAAAAACUAGUGCAGGCCUCAAAAGGAAGCAAUGAGGGUAAUGAUUCCUUUUUUCCUCCAGGGUUUCCUCCCAGAGGUGAUAGGAUUGAAGCUGGAGCUCCUAUGGAUGAUGAUGAAAAUGUCAAAACUAGAAAACGUGGUGGCAGAGAGAAGUUAUCAGGUGAAGUUCAGAAUUUGGAAUCUUCAAUGUCCUUUGAAGGUUCUAAUAAUUGUAUGCUAUCAGGAAAAAUUGAGAAAGAGAUAAGCUUGAGUGAAGCUUUGGUUGGAGGAUCCAAGGCGAAGUCAAAUGUUGAAACUAUCAAGGGGUAUACUGCAAGAAGUCAAGCCAUGAACACUGUAAGUAUCACGACCAAUAAUUGUGCUUUUAGUAGCUCUUUAUUGGAGAUACUGUUUACCCUAAAAGAGUUCCAGAAACAGUUUUCAGAACUUAAAGCAAAGGUUAGCAGGCUUGAAAGUGUGGUGGACAUGUCACAAGCAAACGCUAAAGGAGCGAGUUUUAGGAAUAACUAA